AAUGUUUGCAAACAUUACAACUUUUGGUUCAAAAUUAAUUAUAAAUGAGUUUAUAUUGUAAUCAAACUGUGAUUUGUGUGCAAUAAAGACCACUAAACCAGUGAUUAUUGAAAAGACAAUUAAAGUAAUCUGUGAUUGAAGUGAAAGUAAAAACAAUGCAAUGAAAUGAAGAGUUGGUGUUUGAGAACCGGUUUAUUGUAUUGAUUGAAGUGAUAGUGAAGUGAUUGUCAGAGAUUUGAGUACAAGAGUACCAGUUGUGGGAGUUUUGGAUCAAAUGUCAUAUCUUUGACACUAUUUUUCCAUCAAUUAAUCGCUUUUAUUAGGCCAAAAGUGUCACUCAUUGGAUCCGAUGUCCGCACAUAUAUUUGCAUUCAAUUAAUGCAAUUGAAUUCUUGCCUUCAUUUGGUCGCAAGACAAGUGUUUUUCUGUCAAAAGUCAAAAGAAAGGUUCAAUUGAUUGAGUAAAUCGUGACAAUGAGUGAAGAGGAAGACGAGGCGAUGAUAUCGUUAAGAAGUGGUCAAAGCCGUCAUUACUUGUCGCUGAGGCAGAGACUGGCCUUCAGUGUAGGCCAUGUCUUGAACGAUGUUUGCGCCGCCAUUUGGUUCUCGUAUUUCUUGGUUUACAUGCAUUUCGUUAAUCGGUUCCACAAAUCGGCCGCUUAUCUGCUAUUAAUCGGACAAAUAGCCGAUGCAAUCGCCACUCCAUUCGUGGGCCUCGAGUUGGAUAAAGUGAACGACUGGUGGAUCUGCAGAUAUGGACGCAAGAAAUGCUGGCAUUUGUUGGGAACCGUUUUGGUUUGCGCGACAUUUCCCGUCAUUUUCAACAAAUGCAUCACUUGUGAGAUGAGUGAAGAAAUGGCACAAAUGGUGUAUUACUCGGCCUUUAUAGUGAUCUUUCAGUUCGGUUGGGCGUCCAUUCAAAUCAGUCACUUGUCAUUGAUUCCCGAUUUGACUCCAUUUUCCUGCGAAAGAGUAGAACUAAACGCUUGGAGAUAUGCCUUUACCGUUGUGUCCAAUAUUAUGGUAUAUGUCAUCACUUGGAUUGUCUUCCAUAUUGACGGUAAAGACAGCGCAGAUAACGAUCAAAUCACUCCGUCUGACGCGCCUCUCUUCAGGACUAUUGUCCUCAUUGUUAUGGCAAUCGGUUUUGUCUUCUCAUUAAUCUUUCACUUCGGAGUGAAAGAGAGACCAAAGAAUAGACUCACUUCUAACCAAACCGUCUCAACAGCUCAAGAAUCGGGUGAUUUUAAUUUGCCAUCGAUUGAGACACACCUCAAGUGGAACCACUGGUUCAAAGAAUCUCAAUUCUACAAAGUUGGGCUCCUUUAUAUGGGGACCAGACUCUGUAUUAACUUGACUCAAGUCUAUACUCCACUCUUCCUUCAAGACUCACUUCAUCUCAAAAAACUAACAUAUCUAUUGGGCGCCAGUCUAUCAUUGAGCGCCAGUACUUGGCUUUAUUUCGGUACUUACGACCGCUUCAAGACUUACGAUAUAUACGGAGUGUCCGUUUUAAUGGGCAUUUCUGGCUCUACAAUGUUGAUCACAAGUCUAUCCAUUACCAAUGACCUGAUCGGACACAACACUUCGAGCGGAGCUUUUGUUUUCGGAGCGAUGAGUUUUGCGGACAAACUGUCGAAUGGGAUCGCAGUUAUUGUAAUUGAAAACUUUCAUCCGUGUAAGACAUGCGGAUGUAGUAUUUGUGAUGAUUAUUACCGAAAUAUAUUGACCUUUGUCUGCGACUGUGUGAGA